AUGGAAGAAGAUUCAUCUGACUAUUAUACAGAUGAUGGAGUUUGUUAUGUAAAGCUUGUUGAUUAUUGGGUUCUUUUGAUUUUAAAUAUCUCACCUGAAUUUAAUAGAUUGAAUGAAAAUGUUGCUUUGGUUAAUUGGUAUCAUUUUUUAUUUUAUAAAUAUGAUUGUCCACAUUUAAAACUUCUUACUGAAUAUAAUAUUAUCCCUUUAGAAUCUAUUAUUGAAGAAGUUCAAAUAAUCAAAAGAUUUGAUUAUGCUCACGUACGGUUAUUGAGGAAGCUCACUAGAGGAAGGAGUGGGGAAAUGAAGGACCUGGAAGAAGAUUUUAACAGAGUUCCAGUAUUUGGUGUCCAAGUUGCUGGAGGGACCAUGACAUGUUGGGUUAUGACUAUGCCAUUUGAAGCUUUCUACUUUGUUCAGCCUCUUGGAUCAGUACAAAUCCCUAUGAAUCGAGGCCAGCCUUCGCUUAUCGAAUUUGUAAAUGAAUUAUGGAAGUUGAGGGCAACCCUGCAGAAUCAUAUCAGCGCCCUUAAUAAGGCUUUUUGCUCUCCGCAAUCUCUGGAGGAUGCACCCCUUUAUGGAGGAGAGUUGGUCACACCACAGUCACCAUAA